AUGAAUACCAAUAAAAGCAGUUUCUCUUCUAAAACCUCAUACAGUUCGAAAAAUACAAAACCGUGUUUAAAUAAAACUUGCAACCCGUAUAAAAGCAAGCAAAGAAAAGUCAUCCCAUCAAAGAAAUUGUCUUCUAAUGGCAAUGACACGAAGAGCUGUUCAACGAGUGUUGUUAGCACUAAGAAGAGUGCAACAAAACCAAAAAGAGUCACUGCUUCAGAUGUAGUGGUUACGAAGAAGACUCAAACUAGAACAGUAGACUAUUGCAAAAAGUGCGGCGAUACAUUCGAUAAAAAUGCUCAGAAAGAAACAAAAAUUACUGAAAUCGUAUCUGCCAUUAAUGCGAAAACCGUUCGCAACGAUAACACUGUGACUAUCAGCACGAUUUCUUCUCCACCCAUUCAGCAAUAUUACAAGAAUAAAAACUUUGUAGAAUCCACAGAAUCUGUGGAAGUCGAUGACGGAAAAAAUAAAAAUAAGAACAGAUUAGACACUAUAAAAGAGGUAUCAGAACUGCAUGCAAUCUCUGACGAUUUACCAUUUAUAGUAUAUUCCGAUUCAGAUGAAGAUAUCACAUACUUAGAUCCAGACGACGAAGAUAAUAUUAAAAAACUAAAAAGAUUUAGAAAUGAAAACUAUUUCGAAUGCCAUUCGGCUAAGGCUAGGAUCAGAAGCCGGGGUAGCGUCACCAGUUUAAAUAACCACAAGUGUGUUUACCGGUUUUAUUUGAAUGAUCGCUUAUUUCCCGUUCCAUUGAACACUGAUUAUGAUAAAACAGUGAGAUGUGUUGAAUGCCAUCUACCGAUGGAUAUCAAAAACAAUUGUAACGAUGAUAAAAUCAAUGGAACGAUUCAAGCUAAAGUGAAAUUUGGUAAAGAGACCCAAGAUGUAAUUCUUUUAUUGCCUAUAAAAGAAUCUCUUAUCAUCAAAGAAAGAAGAAAAGAAGAGAGGGAGAUAAUUGAUGAAUAUGUUUAUUUCGGUGUCGUAAAACUAGGUACUAAUGGAAAUUCGAUUUUUAACAGUACUUUGCCUGAAGACUCUUUAGCUUUGAAAUAUCAGAAGGGUUACAAGGAAUAUGGCUUUGAUAACAGAUAUACAUACAAGAAUAUCAAUGAAAAUGAUGUUAUAAUAAUAUGA